UACGUGUUCGAUUUCGACUUGUGAUUUUCUGUGCUUUGUCAAAGACAUGGACUUGUCUCUGAAUCUCAGAUUCCAGCCGGCGGAGCUCUCUUUCUUCAACCGUGACCGACGUUCUCCGUUCAUCAGUCCAUUAAAACUUCACCUGCCCACCUGGGAUCCACUCAAGUACAACCUGAAACGCACAGUUUCGGUCACCGCAGCCAAGAUUAAUACUGAAAAGAGAGUUCACAUUGAAGGCGUCAGUGAAAAGUUGAACUUAAUAGCUUCUCAGAAUCUUGAUUUUGCUCCUGCUCGUAGAAGGGUUCGAUCUGCUUUCACUGAAGUUCAACAAAAUCUUGAUCAUUGCUUGUUCAAGCAUGCUCCUUCGGGGAUCAUAACAGAAGAGUGGUAUGAGAGGAAUUCAAAGGGACUGGAGAUUUUCUGUAAAAGCUGGAUGCCAAAACCAGGUCUUCAGAUUAAAGGAUCUUUGUUUUUUUGCCAUGGUUAUGGUGAUACAUGCACUUUCUUCUUUGAAGGUAUUGCUAGAUACAUUGCUGCAGCUGGAUAUGUUAUUUAUGCUUUGGACCAUCCUGGGUUUGGUUUGUCCGAAGGAUUGCAUGGUUAUGUGCCAAGCUUUGAUGCAUUAGUUGACAAUGUUAUUGAAAUUUAUACAAAAAUUAAAGGACGACCUGAAGUGAGAAGGUUACCUCACUUCAUAUUGGGACAGUCCAUGGGUGGAGCUGUUACUCUCAAAGUUCAUCUAAAGGAACCACGAGAGUGGGAUGGAGUAAUUCUUGUAGCUCCAAUGUGUAAAAUUGCAGAAGAUGUGGUUCCUCCACCAGCAGUUUUGAAGGGACUCACUCUUUUGUCAAAAGUUAUGCCAAAAGCAAAGCUCGUCCCACAGCAAGAUCUAUCUGAGUUAGCCUUCAGAGACCUCAGAAAAAGAAAAAUGGCUGUCUACAAUGUGAUUUGUUACAGUGACCGAACACGAAUAAAAACUGGUUUGGAACUUCUAACUGCAACUAAGGAAAUUGAGAAGCGACUGGACGAGGUGUCAUCUCCAUUGCUGAUUCUUCAUGGAUUAGCCGAUAAAGUGACAGAUCCUUCAGUGAGCCGGUUUCUUUACGAGAAAGCUUCUAGCAUGGACAAAACUCUUAAGCUUUAUAAAGAAGGUUAUCACUGCAUUCUAGAAGGAGAGCCUGAUGACAGAAUAUAUACUGUGCUCGGCGAUAUUAUAUCAUGGCUUGACGCCCGUUGCUAAGCUCAUUUGAAAAUUUCCAAGUAGAAGAUUAGUAGUUCUCCCUCCACCUCGCCAUGGACCAUUUCUUCUUAUCUCAAGGCUCAAUUGUCAAAAUCUUGAGUCACUGCUGUUAAAUGAUCAAUACUGAAGAGAUUGGCGAAAUCUGAUUAAUAAAAUUUGGGGCAACCUUGCUUUGAUUAGGUA